AAUAGGCUUUGGAAUGAAGUAUUCAGCCACCUCAAAGGUGGUAUACAGGUAAAAAACAGACAUGCCACUUGAUCUGCAAGAGAGGGAUGUCAUUCGGAGAAGGAUACCACAGAUCUAUGCUGCUUUCGCAGCGACCUUGGGCGGUGCUGCGUUCGGCAUGGUGAUGGGAUGGUCAGCCCCCGCGCUCGAGAUGCUGAAGGCGGAAGCCACGUACACGGACGAAGAGCUGUCGUGGGUGGCGGGCAUACCGCCGCUGGGGUCGCUGGUGUCGAUGAUGCUGAUGGCGCUGACGCUGGACCGGUUCGGGCGCAAGGUGGUGAUGCUGGCGCUGGUGCCGCCGUUCGUGCUGGGCUGGCUGCUGCUCGCCUUCUUCCGCAGCAUCCCGCUGCUGCUGGCCGGCCGCUUCAUCACCGGCUUCUGCGGCGCCGGAUACUGCACCGCCGCGCCCGUCUACACGGGCGAGAUCGCCGAGAAGCAGAUACGCGGCGCGCUCGGCGUCUUUUACCAGCUGAUGCUCACCCUCGGUGUCCUGUACGUAUAUGUUGUGGGCUGCUGGUCGGAUCUGAAGUGGCUGUCGUUGUGCUGUGGAAUCAUUCCGAUCGUGUUUUUCCUGCUGUUUUGCGGGGCACCCGAGUCGCCUGUAUAUCUGCUGGAGAAUAACCAUCGCGAGGACGCUAUUCAAGCGCUGCAGUGGCUGCGAGGUCCGACGGGAGACAUCAGGAGUGAUCUGCAAGACAUCGAAGAGAUGGUGGAAGAAUCACAUGGGAAUGUGGGAACACUCAGAGAGAUGAUGUCGACCAAGGCAGCGCUGAAGGGUCUCUGGACACAGAUGGGCAUCCUGUUCUUUCAGCCAUUGUCUGGGCAGAACAUAAUCAUCUUUUAUGCAGUCAGCAUCUUUGUGGCAGCCGGCAGCAGUCUGGAUCCCAAUGUCGCUUCGAUCAUCGUGGCUUCUGUGCAGGUGGUGGCGACAGCGUGCUCUGCAACACUGGUGGACCGCGCGGGACGUCGGAUUCUGCUCAUCUUCUCGUACAGCGCAAUGGGGGUGUGCCUCAUUGCAGUUGGAACCUUCUUCUUCAUGUUGGAACAGAAUGAGAAGAUGGUGAGGGACGUUCGUUGGCUGCCCGUCUUCGUCAUUAGCAUCUACCUUGUUGUGUUCUCGAUGGGCUGUGGGCCGCUGAGUUGGAGCAUGAUUGGAGAGAUCUUCCCGCAGGAGGUUAAGGCUAUUUGCAGCGCCAUAUGCGCCGCUACCAACACCGUAAUGACCUUUCUCGUCUCGAAGACGUACCUGGACCUAGAGGAAACGCUUACCACUGCAGGCGCUUUCUGGCUGUAUGCAAUACUGAACUUUGUUGCCGCCAUAUGGAUCUUCUUUUUCGUCAUUGAGACCAAAGGGAAGACACUCGACGAGAUACAGAAGCAACUUGUCAGUUGAUGAAGCAUCCUUGGUUCCCAUGUUCGAAAAUUUAUUACCACUGAUCGUGCGUGUGUGUUAUGUGAAUCUUCAUUCUACUCCACGAAAUUUUUAUCGUUUCUUAAUUUUUGUAUAACUUUUACUGACCAUCUGUUAAACUUCAGCUCCGCUUCGAAAAUACCAUGACUCAUACCCAUUUCAGAAUCUAUGAGAUUAUCAAGGUGAAUAUCUAAAAGCAGACAACAGUUUACUGAGUGGGCUCUACAGACACUUUCCUUUGUACAAGAAUUAGACAAGCGUCAGUUUUUAUUACACAUUUAUUGGUCAAAACUUGUCAUACAAUUGCUAAAUGAUGGAAAGUAUUGUAUAAGUAUAUAACAUGCCGUGACGGGUAGCUAAAUUGCUAUACAUUUUGUGGCCUUAUUACAGUGUUUGUCGACAUAUUAAGCAAGGCCAAUUGCAGCUGACAAACAGCUUUGUCAUGGCUGAAGCCAACAACAUUAUUAAAAUCGAGAACAUUGCGGCAAAAUAAUGGAAAUGUUUCAAAUUCUUUUUAUACUAAUGGACUGAUUUGUCUUAUUUUCUCCACAGUCGACUGAUCCAUUAACUCAUUCACAUUAAGCCAAAUAAAUCUUAAUCACGAUUUCCCAUCCGUCACGGCAUACGCUGGAAUUUUAAUCUCUGGUGGGAACUGUUAGUUGCACUGACAAAAAUACAAUACAAGUAGAUUGGUUUCUAUGAAUUAUGGUGAAAUCAGAAAAUAUGAUGUCUCAAUUUUUAAAAAGUUACCUAAAAGACAAAAUGACUCAUUAAUUUAAAAAAUCG